CACCAACCGUACGUAACUGCAGAUUCUGGCUUUGGUAACACGAAGCUGACGUUACUCGGGGGCAUCAGUUUGGCUCAAGCUAUUGUUGGUCACAAUUGCAUACACAUACACUCGAUUGUCCCUAGCGGCAGGCACUGCGGCGACGAUGACCCACAUGCCUUCCAUCAUGCGCGGACGCCACCGCGCAUUCCUUAUCCAUAACGUGCUGAUUUGUUAUGUGUGCGGCCAAGUAUCGUGGGAAGGUCGCGCCCAGCAAGGUGACAACGUCAGUACGCAGGACAUGCAACUUUUACAGGUUCUCCUUCUCUCGCGCCAGGAGGCCACCGAUAGUUGCAGCGCGUUCCGAUUCGCCAAGGCUGCCCCGUCUGCGUGCUAUCCAAGGGAUGGCGGAGCUUCUGACAGCCUCGCUGACACCGCCGCCGUCAGCGUUCGUGGCUUCGAAAACGACCAGGUCCAGCGUGCAGUGUCCUACUUGGGAGAUAACGCUUCGUUUGGGCACUUUGCGGCGGAUCUGGCCUUCGAUACGAACGCCGCGUACAGGCCGACGCACGCGGACGACGCGGACGCAGCAGACCAGGCCAGCUUCUGGAAUGAGUUCGAGGAUGUGGUGACGGCCCAACUUCUGAGGAGGAACGGGGCCCUCACUCGGGAUAUCAUGUCCGUGCAUCCGCUCUUCGCCGGGGACACAAUGGAGCAGUCCGCCCAGCGCGUCCGUGCGGACUUCCCCACGCAGUUUCCUACGGAGCAGAUCAUGAGCUACUUGGGCAGCAUGGCGCUCACAAUGGACCCCGAAAUCUUCGGCCAGGCCAGUUGCGCGAGCACGGUCGAGUUUGUGAACGGCCCAGUGGCUCUGGGGAGGAUUAUCGGCUGGGCGAUCGCAGAGGUGUCGCCCGCCGCCUUCGGGUGCAAGUGGUACGUCGGCCGCGCGCGGCCCGAGGAGGUUGCGUACAACCUCAGCCAGGGGGGGUUGAGCCAGGCCCCGGCCAACGUCAGGGCGAUGGUGGACGGCAUGGGCUUGACCACGCGCGAGUCUUUCACCGCCUAUUCAGAAGGGUGCCCCGUGCACCCAGCUUGGCCGGCUAUGCAUUCGGCGGCCUCCUCUCUGUCGACUUGGCUUGACGUCGUGGCCCUCCUGACCCCAGCGCAGCGCAAUGAGGUGCGACUCCUGGAUUACUCUGUUGCUUACUUCCGCACGUUCGCAGGCGUUCACUACGAUUCUGACAACCGUGCCGGCCUGGCGCUCGGCCAGAAGAUCGUGAGGGAGAAGUUGCCGGACUACCUCUCGGAGAAGUACGGCUGCGACGCCGCCAGCAAGGCCACGAUCAGGUCGCACGUGCAGACCAAGAUCGCGUCGCUGGAGGUUCUGGAUUGGGCAACUUGGACGCCCGAUCAUUGGAUUCGCCCCUCCGCGUACUACUCCUCACUCCGACGCCGACAAGCGGAUCGCGUCCUGCCCAAGAGCCAGAGCGGAGCAUCCCUGUCUUCCACAGAUACGACUGCGGCUAUAGUGAAGCCGUCUGUGGCGCUGUGGGCCGGAGGAUCCCACGGCAGCCCGCGAGCCGCCCAACGGAAGGCGCUGGCGGGCAACGACGGGUGCACCGAGUAUCGUUUUGGAAAAGCUGCUGAAGGCGCAUGUUACCCGCGGAGCGGUGGAGCCUCCGACAGCUUGAGGGAGACCGCCGCCGUCAGCGUCCGCGGGUUUCACGGUAACGACCAGGUCCAGGCUGCUGUGUCCCACUUGGGCGCGAACGUUUCGUUUGCACAAGUCGCUGCCGACUUGGGUUUCGACACGAAUGUUGCACUCAAGCCGACGCACGCGGACGACGCAGACGCCGCCGACAAGAGUAGAUUUUGGGCGGAGUUCGAGGAGGUGGCGGCAGCCCAGCUUCUGAGGAUUCAAAACCGCAGAACAGAAGAAAUCAUGUCUGUGCAUCCACUCUUCGACGGGGAUACGAUGGAGCAGUCUGCCCAGCGCGUCCGAGCUGACUUCCCCCCGUUCUUUCCGACGGAGCAGGUCAUGGAUUAUUUGCAGAGCAUGUCGCUGACGCUUGACCCCGACAUCUUCAACCAGCCCAGCUGCACAAGCCGUGUCGAGUUUGUUAACGGCCCGGUGGCUUUGGGAAGGAUUAUCGGUUGGGCGAUCGCCGAGGUGUCGCCCGCCUGCUUCGCUUGCAAGUGGGCCGUCGGUCGCGCGCGACCCGAGGAGGUCGCUUACGGAGUCAUCCAGGGCGAGCUUCCCGAUGCCCCCAUGCGCGUCAAGCAGCUGAUGGCCGACUUCGUGGCCGCCAAGCCUGUUGACAGCGCCGAAGACUUCACCGCGUACACCGAGGGCUGCCCUGUGCACCCGGCCUGGCCCGCCAUGCACUCCGCCGCCUCCAGCUUGUCCUCGUGGUUGGACGUCGUCGCCAUCCUCACCCCCGCGCAGCGCGAGGAGGUGCGGCUCCUGGACUUCUCUGUCGCGUUCUUCCGCACCUUCGCGGGCGUUCACUAUGCGACGGAUAACCGCGCUGGCUUGGCGCUUGGGCGGAAAAUCGUGGAGUCGAAGUUGCCCGACUUCUUGGCCGAGACGUACGGCUGCGACGCGGCGUCCGCAUCCGCGAUCAGGGCGCGCGCCGCAGCCAAGAUCCAGUCAUUCAAUUCGGGCACCCUGAGCGGGCACCCCUUCAGCUGGGCCACUUGGACACCCGAGAAAUGGAUCAGCCCAACGCAGUUCUUUGACGCAUCCGGCAGCGCCAUCGGUGACCCACACAUGCGGAACAUGUUUGGUCAGAGCUUUGACAUCGCACGGACUGGCGAGCACGUGCUCAUCAAUAUUCCACAAAGAUGUGGCCCAGAUGAGAUUCUUCUUCGCGUGGGUGCGGAGGUGCGAAGCGACCGACAUGCACAUUGCGCGACCGACAUGUACAUCAAGGCGCUCAACAUCACUGGUGCGUGGGCCAAUGAGCAGCAGACGAAUGGCUUCAGGUUUUUGGCGAGCCAUCGUGGUCAGCGCUAGCCAUGGAGGUGGUUCGGCAAGGUUGAGCUGAAGGUGGCGUGGGGCCGCACGCGCGACGGGGAAGAUUACCUUAAUUUCUAUGUCCGCCACUUGAGCAAUGUUGGUCACGCGGUCGGGGGUAUCCUCGGCAUCGACGAUCAUUCAGAGGCAUCAUUCCCGGACGAGAGGUGCAAACGCUCCCUCACGCUCGCUCUCUAAUUACGCGGAUUAAGUCGGAUGCUCGUGCUGCGCUUGCGAGCGAACACUAAGAGCUCGUGUGGACUCUGCAUACCUCAUACAUUGUCUGUAUGCCUGUGUGGAGCAGUCAGAACACACCCCGAACUCACGCCGACACGCGCGCCACGGCAUACCUGCGCGGCGUAACAACAACAGAGCAUAUUCCACAUGCUUGGUGUACUAAAGCGACGCUUCCCGUUUGUGUCCGGUCAGUUUCUUUGCCGCGUCCUAAUCGGGCGAAUUGGCGACGCAAUGCAGAGCGCGCCGCACCUUUUGGCCCUCGCCAGCUUGCCACGUAAGUGCAGCAAGCCGACAGGACUCGUGAGCUAUUUUUGUUGUCGCCCUCGUCUCACUUCUGCGUGUCCAUUGCCCUUGUCUUUGUUUGUUUGUUUGUUUUCUUCCUCUCUCCCUCUAUUAUAUUAAGCCCCGCUAUCUUAAGCAGGAGGCGAUGAUAUCUUUGGCGCUUUCGCAGCUGCAACUUUCGCGAGAGACAGCUGCUGCGCAGGUGCCCAGAGUCUGUUCGAAAGACCAGGCUGCAGAGGCGGCUGCGAUUCGCACAUUCGUCGGACUCGCUGGCCCUCUGGCUGUUACCUUCCUGCUCUCUUGAAAAAAGACAGGACUUCAAGGGGCGUCAAAACUGGCUCCAGGAGGCGCCCGAGAAGCAUGCCAAGAGGCCCCAACGGAUCUUUCAGAAGCACUGGCGACGGACCCUGCCUUGUGCAUGCACGUGCAGCGCAGGGCGCGGCUGCCGAAUAAUCCGGGUGCCCCCCGCGCGAGCACGCCCACUGAGGCCGCGGGUGAAGCUCCAUUUGGGGCAUCUCCCGUGUGAGUGAGACGAUGUUUGUAUCCACCCAAGGGAUAACACGUGUUAUCCCCCCCUGCCCCCCCC